UCUGCUCUCAGUCUACACUCUCUAAAUUAAUGUUUACACGUGUUUUUUAAAGCUCAUAUAAAUAAAAAAAUUAAAUGUCAAAAAAGUGUCUUAUUAUUACUCCAAAUAUUGUGUUAAUAAAAUCGCCAAUAAAAUAGUGUAAAAUAUCUACAUAAAAAUAUGGCUAAAUCAAAUAGACAAAAAGUACGAUUAUAUCGUCCAAAGAAAAAAGCUAUACCUGAAGAACAAGAGAUUGCUGAGCUUCAAUCAAAAUACAAAAAUAUUAAUGUAUCAACAAUCAAGACAUUUGAUGAUAUACCAUUGUCAUCAAAAACUAGAAAAGGAUUGAAGGGUAAAAUAAAAAUUGACUCAAAGGAAUAUGAAUAUAUUAACCCAACUGAUAUACAAAAGGAUGGUAUUUCUUGUGCAUUGGCUGGUAAUGAUGUUUUGGCAUCAGCUAAAACUGGAAGUGGUAAAACUCUUGCAUUUUUAAUACCUGUAUUAGAAAUUCUUUAUUGCAAAAGAUGGACACGAGAUCAUGGACUUGGUGCUAUAAUAAUAUCACCAACCCGUGAAUUAGCUGCUCAAAUAUUCAAUACACUUAAGGCUAUUGGACACUAUCAUGAAGUGUCAGCUGCUCUGAUAAUUGGUGGUCAAGGUUUAAAACAUGAAUCAAAAAGAAUUGAUCAAUGCAACAUAAUAAUAUGUACACCAGGAAGAUUACUUGAUCAUAUGGAUAAAAAUCCAUUGUUUGAUUGUACAUCAAUGCAAAUUCUUGUACUUGAUGAAGCUGAUCGUUGUCUUGAUAUGGGUUUUCGAGAACAAAUGAAUGCUAUUAUUGAAAAUUUACCAGAACAUAGACAGACAUUAUUAUAUUCAGCUACACAAACAAAAUCAGUUAAAGAAUUAGCAACAUUAAGUUUAAAAAAUCCAGUUUAUGUUAGUGUUCAUGAACGUUCAACACAUGCAACACCUAAAGAUUUAAAGCAGUAUUAUACAAUAUGUAAACUUGAAGAAAAGAUUAAACUUUUAUGGUCAUUCAUAAUCAAUCAUCGUAAAUAUAAGUUGAUUAUAUUUUUUUCAACUUGCAAAGAAGUUAAAUUUAUUCAUGAUGCAUUUCAUCGAAUUAGUCCUGGUUUACAUUUAGCAGCACUACAUGGAAAACUCAGUCAACCAAAAAGAUUAGAAGUUUAUGAUAAAUUUUGUAGUAAACCAGAUGGUGUUUUAUUGGCAACUGAUAUUGCAUCACGUGGUUUAGAUUUUCCAUGUGUUGAUUGGGUUGUACAGAUGGAUUGUCCAGAGGAUACAAAUACAUAUAUUCAUCGUGUUGGUAGAACAGCUAGACUUGAAAAAGGUGGUGAAUCAUUACUUGUAUUAUUAUCAAGUGAAGAGAAAAUGAUUCAAUGUUUAAAACAAGCUAGAAUUCCAAUAAAAAAAAUUAUUGUACCAGAAAAUCAUAUUAAAAACUCAUCAAUACAACAAAAAUUAGAGUCACUUCUUGCCAAAGAUAAUGAAUUGAAAAAAACAGCACAACGAGCAUUUAUUUGUUACAUGAGAUCUGUUUAUUUUAUGAAAGAUAAAAGUAUAUUUGAUGUUACUGCAUUGGAUACAGAGGCAUAUGCUAAAUCACUUGGUCUAUUUUUUGCACCAAAAAUGACAAUUAUUGACAAAGCAAAUGUUAAAAAGAAAGUUAACAAAAAUUAUAAUGCUAAUGAUGAUGAUGAUGAUGAGAUAAAUGAAAAUAAAUUAAAAACACGUAAAUCAGAUGAUGAAGAAUCCAACAGUGAUGAUGAUUUAAGAAUGAUUAAUAAAAAAAAGAAAAAAAAUAAAGCUCCAGUUAAAAAUGAUGAAAAACUUUUUAAUAUUGAUGAAAGUGAUGAUGAUGACUUUUUAACUAUUAAAAAAAGGAAUGUACAAAUUGAUGAUAUUAUUGAUGACAAAGAAAUGACAAAAGAAUCAUCAGUUAAUGAAUCGAAAUCUACAAAUAAAAAAAAACCAUUAACAAAACCAGCUCUUGCUAAAAAAAUAUUAAAGAAAAAAAUUAAAGCAAAUAAAAAAAUAGCAUUUGAUGAAGAAGGAGCACCAAUUAUUGAUCCAACUAAAGAAAAAGUAUCUGAAUUAGCAAGAAAAUAUGAUGAUGAAGAUGAUGAAAAAUCUGGAAUUGAUAUUGAACAAGUCAAGCAAAUUCUCAAGGAGGAAGAUAAAUUUGAUAAGCAAAGAUUUAGAGAUAAAAUUAGAGCUAAACAUCGUGAAGAAAAAAAAAAAGCCAAGGCUGAGAAAAAAGCUGGUAAAAGUAAAGAGGAAGAUGAUGAUGAUGAUGAUGAUAAUGCUGUUGCUGAAAAUCAUCCAAGACUUGCUUCAGGAAGUGAAGAUGAUGAUUCAGAUGGUCCCGAUUUAUCUUGGUUGCCUGAUCCUGACAAGAUUUAUGGUCCCAAAAAAGAUUCUGAUGAAGAAGCUGAUGAUUCUGAAGAUGAAGAGAUUGAACAAGUUCACAGACCACCAAAGAGGAAACUUGUCACAAUAAAAGACAUCAAGGAGAAACAGAAAAAACAGAAAGUUAAUGAUAUUGUUGCUGCAGAAGAACUUGCUCUUCAAUUUUUAAAUAAUUAAAAAAUUAUAAAAAUGUUUAUAGAUUUAUAAUGAUAUUUUUUUUAUAAAUUUAUUAACUUUUUUUUCUUUUAAUCAAUAAAUAUCGUUUAUGUUUUGAAUCAUAAAAAUAAAAUCUAAGUUUUCGUGUUGAUUAUUUUGACUUGGAUUGGAGAAAUUAAAUUAUUAAUUAUCACAUAAACUAUAGCUAUACAGCCUAAUAUAUAUUCUAAGGAAAAAAAAAUAAAAAAAAAGGAUUUUAAUUUAAUCAAAAAUAAUUAUCAAUAUCUACUUGGAAUUAUAUUGUUGCAAAUAAUUUAAUUUAAAACUAUACAUAUUAUUUUGAAUAAUAUUUUAAAAUUAUUUAUCAUAUUAAUUACAAGAUAACAAAUAAUAGAAAUAUAUAUUAUAAUUUUUUUUCUUUUUUUAAAUCAUUUUGAAGACAAGAAAAUAACAGGUGAAUAAAAAUAAAUUAAUUGCAA